AUGCCUGCGCUGUGUGACUUGCCAUGCCUUUCUACCCCCGGCUGGCGUUCUUCCCCAUGGCCUAACCCUCCUCCCUCCCUCUAUGCGUAUUUUGGCACUCUCAAUGCAUGCGGGGGCCCCAAGACGCGAGGGGGGGCCCCCCCUCGUCAGGAAGGCUCUUUUGAAGGGGUUUUUUCUGCUGCUGCCGUCAAGGUUGGUGAAGGGGAUGAUGCCUCUACUGCCGCCGCUGGGGAUGGUUCUACAGUGGAUGUCGCUCCAGGGGGGUAUGAGUUCUUGCUGCCCAGCUUUUUGCCUCUUACGCUAAGCCCUUUGUCGCAGUCGCACCAACAACAAGAGGGCAGAUCUGUGCUGCUACCCUUCUCGCAGCGGCGCGAAUGUCUGCGGCUGCACGUGCUGUCGCUGCUCGGAGCUGCAGCGGCUGCAAUUGCUGCCCUCGUUCACGUGCUGCCCCUCGUCCAUUGGCUCUUGUGGCAGCUCCUCCGCUUACUCCUUUGGCCUCUUUUUCUGUCAAGACAGCUCAAACAGCGACCACAGCAACAGUGCAAGCAGCAGACACACGCUGUACACCCCCCGGGGGGCAGCAGCGCGAAUCGCGCCUCCUCUGAUGGCAGCGUCGUUCGAUGCAUGCGGCUCCACCUUCGGCAGCAAAAAACCAAGAAGCAGCAGCAGGAGAAGAGGGCAACACGUCUGCCUCGCCGUGAGGCUUUUCGCAACGAACUGACUUUGCGGUCAUCCCCCCAUGAAACGCCUUCACAGCCUUCAUCUCGAUGCAGCAGCAGCAGAGCGAACAGCCCGCAGCCGUGUCGGCAGCAGCAAGAGCAGCAGCAGCAGCAGCAGCAGCAGCAGGAGCAGCAGCAGCAGGAGCAGCGCCAGCGAGUGCAGCAGCAGGAGCAGCAGUGGUGGACACAGUACAGCGAAUGGAAGCCCUCGGUGUAG